AUGACUGAAUUGUGUCCUGUCUACGCCCCUUUCUUUGGUGCCAUUGGUUGUGCCUCUGCAAUUAUCUUCACUUCAUUAGGUGCUGCUUACGGUACUGCUAAGUCUGGUGUUGGUAUCUGUGCCACCUGUGUGUUGAGACCAGACCUGUUAUUCAAGAACAUUGUUCCUGUUAUUAUGGCUGGUAUCAUUGCCAUUUACGGUUUAGUUGUUUCCGUUUUGGUUUGUUAUUCAUUGGGCCAAAAGCAAGCUCUGUACACUGGUUUCAUCCAAUUGGGUGCCGGUCUAUCAGUCGGUUUAAGUGGUCUAGCUGCUGGUUUCGCUAUUGGUAUUGUCGGUGAUGCAGGUGUUAGAGGUUCCUCUCAACAACCAAGAUUAUUCGUCGGUAUGAUUUUGAUUUUGAUUUUUGCUGAAGUUUUGGGUCUAUACGGUUUGAUUGUUGCUUUGUUGUUGAACUCCAGAGCUACUCAAGAUGUUGUCUGUUAA